CUUCCCUCUUCUUCCUCUCUUUCUUUUACACAACACGCAAGAGUUGCCAUCACCAACACCUACCACGCAUUGUGUUUGCCUGGCCUCAGACCUUCGCAAACUUUCCUGAGACAACAGACAGCCCGCCUCCAUCUACACUCGCCCGCACCCCGGAUCCGAGUUCAAAUCCACCAAAACCCGCGACAUUCAGACCACGCAGGCAGUUUAUGUAUUCGUCCCGCCGCUCUCAACGACUCGCAGUUCCGGACCCUCCCAAGCUGCAGCCCUUUCGUAUAUUGCGAAGACCUUGUAGCAACCAACUUACCAACGACUGAACAAUUGCAUGUUAUCCAUUGACAUCGCCGACUCUUCGUCAACCACCUAUAAUAUCAAAUCACCCUAAAACAUUCUAUACCAAUAACCACCAACAACCGCAAACAUGGCUGGAGGUUCUGUCAACAUCCGUCGCGACAUCAGCGACCCCUUCUACCGCUACAAGAUGGAGCGUCUUCAGUCCAAGAUUGAAGGCAAGGGUAACGGUAUCAAGACCGUCGUCGUCAACCUGAGCAACGUCGCUCAGCAACUCGCACGUCCCCCUACUUACGUCAUCAAGUACUUCGGUUUCGAACUCGGUGCCCAGACCACCAACGACCCCAAGGAUGAUCGCUGGAUCAUCAACGGUGCCCACGAAGCCUCUAAGCUGCAGGACUACCUCGACGGCUUCAUCAACAAGUUUGUCCUCUGCAGAAGCUGCAAGAACCCCGAGACUGUUAUUAGCAUCAAGGACCAGCGCAUUCUCAUGGACUGCAAGGCUUGCGGUACCAUCACCGAGGCCGACCCUCGCCAGAAGCUGUCUUCCUUCAUCUUGAAGCAGCUCCCUGCCAAGGGCAAGAAGGACAAGUCCACCAAGAAGGCCGAGCGCAGAGCUAGAAAGGAGGCUGAGCGUAACGGCACUGCUGUCAACGAGGAUGGAAAUGGCAGCCCCAACGGUAGCUCCGACCAGGAUGAUGACGACGCUGAUCUCGGCAUGGAUGCCGGUAGCGACGACGAGCUCACCCGCCGCAUUAACGCUGAGGCCCAAGAGCUUGACGAGCCUGAAGAGGAGAAGGAGGUUGAGUGGACUGUCGACAUGUCCGAGGAGGCCAUCAAGGCUCGUGCCAGAGAUCUGCCCGACGACCUCAAGCGCGCUCUUGUCAUUGAGGGCGCCGAGGACGAGGAUGGUGAGGGCAACCCUUACGACCAGUUCGGCAAGUGGAUCCUCUCCGAGGGCGAGGCCAAGGGUGGUGUUUCCAAGCUUGACGACGUCGAGGUCUAUCUCAAGGCUAAGGAUCUCGGUAUUGAGACCAAGCACAAGACCGUCGCAGUUAUGGCUCAGACCAUCUUCGACGAGAACAUUGUCAAGCAGGUCGAGGCUCGCAGCAGCAUGCUCAAGCGCAUGAUCUCUUCCGAGAAGCACGAAAAGGCUUUCCUCGGUGGUUUUGAGCGUUUCGUCGGCAUGGAGAAGCCUGAGCUCAUCCCCCAAGUUUCUGCCAUCCUCCUCCAGUACUACCAGAACGACCUUGUCUCCGAGGAGACCCUCAAGGCUUGGGGCUCCAAGGCCAGCAAGAAGUACGUCGAUCUGGCUACCAGCAAGAAGGUUCGCCAGAGCGCCCAGAAGUUCAUCGAGUGGCUCGAGACUGCUGAGAGUGAUGAGGAGGACGAUGAGUCUUCGGACGAGGAGUAAGCAUAUUUUUCUUUCGAAGAAGUUGCUACAAGACCAUUACAGACAGAAGCUAUUGGGAGUUCAUGAUCACCCACUACGAUUAUUGGUUUAGCACAAUCAAGGUAUCGUGUCUUGCUUUGUGUGGCAUUAUAAUUAGCUUUCAGUACUUGCUCGUCUGUUU